AUGAUAUGUCGUUUCCCUGUUGAUAUAAGUAAGGUGUGGGGCAACAAACGUUUUCAAGGGCAGUUAUAUCUUAAUAUGACUUCCGCAGGUCGUCCGCAGGUAACUCUUGACGAAAAUUACACUGGAGAGGAUGUGGGCAAUUUGAGCCGCAGUGCCACUUUGGAAUGCCUCACAGCCAAAAAGUGCGGAAAAUUGAAGAGCGUGAAAUUCGAAAAGGCAAAGAACCUCGUUUGCUUGCACGCCGAGAGUUGUGGAAAACUGAAAGUUAUCGACGUGAGCUCUUGCUGCAAAUUAGAGUCACUAACGGUCACGAAAUGCAAAAAUCUUAAAGAAGUGCAUGGUCUUCCAGACGCAUGUGAGUUGCUUGCUUUGAAUUUAUCUGGAUGUGGAAAACUGGAACAGGUAGAGGGGUUAUGUGCAACAAAUAUUAAGGUAAAGAAACUUAACUUGAGUGGCUGUAAGCUGUUGGAGCCUCUGGGAGUUUUGGGAUGCUGCAAGAAUGUGACAGAGUUGGAUCUAAGUGGAUGCAAAAAUAUCAACCAGAGCUCCAUGGAGAUAGCAUGCAAAGAGCUCAACGGUCUGGAGACUCUGAAACUGAGCGGAGUUCCUACAGUAUCAGAUAAUUGGGUUUGGUCCCUUGGGGUAAGCAACAGGUCUAACGCCAACCUGCUGUAUUUGGACCUUUCUCGGUGCUUGGAUAUAGAAAAUGCGGGGCCGUUGUCGAUGAUACGCUCCUUAAAGGAAUUGUCUCUUGACGGCUGCACCAGCAUUUCUAAGGGUUUGGAAGCGGUAUGCGGUCUCCCCAACUUGAAGAAACUGUUAUUGAGCAAAACGAAGGUAACAGAUGAAUGCCUCGAGAAUAUCAAAGGGAACAGAAACCUAGUGGUGCUUGGUUGCAGCGGGUGUCUAGGCAUCAGCAGCAUUUCGUGUAUUGGGGAGGUAAAAUCACUUGAAGAAUUGUCCUUGGAGGGCUGCACUAACAUUAAAAAAGGACUGGACAUACUGCCUCGCCUUCCGAAACUUCAAAAAUUGUGGAUAUGUGGCUUAAAUGUUCCUGAAACAAUAAAGCAAAAGCUAAAAACCCAGGGUGUCAAGACGAACCCACUCCGGUAG